UCUCAGUGAAGAGGACGCGUUCAUUCUCGGCUUUGACCAUGGAGAGCUCCAAACUCUGGACAACAGCGAUGGCAUGCGCUGUGCUGCUCUCCUUAGUUCACGGUGCUGAACUAGACGACUUUGACAAUGAAUCUGACUUAGAAAAGAGAGCUUUGAGAGAGUUUUACCCAAAGGACCCAAAUUUGACCAACGAAAAGCAGCUCCUCGGGGCUUUACAUGAUGUUCUGGAGAAACUGCAGAGUAAACGGAUCUCACUUUGGGAAAAGAAGUUUGGGCGUGUUCCCACAUGCGACGUUGGGGAGCAAUGCGCCAUCAGGAAAGGAUCAAGAAUUGGCAAAAUGUGUGACUGUCCACGUGGAGCGUUUUGCAAUUACUUUUUGCUGAAGUGCUUGUAAAGAUAAAGAUGGAUCGUGAAUUGGAAAUAUACACAUACACUGAUACUAAAGAUAUUUAUACAUUAUGUGAUUUCUAUUUUUAUGAUUAUGAAGAGCUAAUAUAACAACAGAUACAUUUGAACGAUUGUUCCAUUAUUUGCUGCUUGUGAAGUGUAAGUAAACCUGAAUAAAUUGUGUGAACUUUUAUUUUCUAAGGCAGUCUGUGUGUUUCCUAGUGUCAAAAAAGUUUUUUUUGACAAAAUUCUCUCAUCAUUUACUCACCCUCAUGCCAUCCCACAUGUGUAUGCCUUUUUUUCUUCUUCAGAACACAAAUGAAGAUUUUCAGAAGAAUAUCUCAGACCUGUUGGUCCAUACGAUGCAAGUGAAUGGUGAUCAAAACUUUGAAAAUCCAAAAAUCACAUAAAGGCAGCAUAAAAGUAAUCUAUAAGACUCCAGUGGUUUAACCCAUGUCUUCAGAAGGG